AGCGCCUAGUCUUGCGAACGUCCUCGACAUGGUACGGGGAGGGCGGACAGUUCUCUACUAGGCCAUUACUUUCUCUCAUAGUUGUGCCAUUCCGUCCACUGGUUACUUGUGUCUCCCUCAUUCAGACAGCGAGUUUUCCAUUAAACCAGGGGCUUCAUCACUGCGUAAAGAUGCGUUUGAUCGACGUGAACGCGUUCCUGGAGAGGGAGAAGCAAUUUCAAAGUUGGUUAUGGGGCAAACCUAACCUUACAGUUUUUGUGGAACGUGACGACAUGAACAAAGACUACUGCAUAUUAUCACACCGCUGGGGCAACGAGGUGUGCUACCAGGAGAUGGUGGAGCUCGCAAAUAUGGGCAAUAGACGCGAAAUACGAAGGCGGGACGGUUAUCACAAGAUCCUUAGGACCUGCGAGCAAACGAAAAAUGAUGGUUUUAAAUGGCUGUGGGUCGACACGUGCUGUAUCGACAAGCAGAGCAGCUCGGAGCUGUCCGAAACAAUCAAUUCUAUGUACCAUUGGUACAAAAACUCGGGGCGAUGUUAUACCUACCUUCACGAUACCAUCUUCUUUCCGACCAAACGUGACGACGAGAAGUUCAAAGGGUUCAAUGGCUGGCCAGAGUGGUUCUCACGGGGCUGGACACUGCAAGAGUUGAUCGCGCCGAAAGACCUUCAAUUCUUCAACAAAGAUUGGAAGUGCAUCGGUGACAAACAAACCUUGGCAUUCAAAUUAGAGGAGAUCACAAGAGUCCCGUCUAGCGUCUUAAGGGAUGGUUUGUCUUCAUACCGUCCCAGUGUUGCCCAAGUUAUGUCAUGGGCUGCCGAUAGGAGGACGACACGCGUCGAGGACCGAGCAUAUUCAUUGAUGGGUCUGUUAGACGUCAACAUGCCUAUGUUAUACGGAGAGGGAAAGAAGGCUUUUCAACGCUUACAGCUUGAGGUCAUCCGCACAUCGAACGACCAGACCAUCUUCGCUUGGGAUCCAGAGGGAAAGACGCGGCGUACCAGCAGCGUCCUCGCUGACGACCUGGGUCUCUUUAAGGAUUGCCAUGACGUCGUCGAGAUAGAACCGAAGGAAUUCAAUCGCAAGAUGCUCUCGGUUUGGUCUUCGUCGCUGUCAGCAGUAACCGACAUGCCAGUUGCCAUACCAGACGACCAAGGGCUCCAUGUGUUCACCAUAGCUAACGCGGGAAUUCAGAUGUGGCUUCCAGUUGUGCCGUAUUACGGCUGUCCUUCGGUCUUCCAAGCAGCAUUGGCAUGCCGCAAGGGGGACAGCAUGAUGCCAAUGACCAUUGACCUGGCCUCCUUCGGAUCCAACUACUACAGAUACAUCGGCGCAAUUGGAAGGCCACAGCCACUUCCAGAGUACCAACAACUUUACCUUGCUUGUCGAGAUGACGCGCGUCACGACUUUACAUUUGAGGUAGAUGACAGCGCGGUCUCUGGUUUCUCUCGCUGUGGUAUCUUCCCUCCGAUACCAGACGUGGUUUUGCCCAACUCAUAUUGCAUAGCACUAUCGACCACCAAUCCACUUGCCACUGUUGUUUACGCAGACAGUAGUGCCAAAGUUUACUUUGCAAUUGCAUUCGGCUACUGCUUUGGCCAGGAGUGGGUGCAUGUUGUAUGCGAGCAACAAAAUGUGCCCUCGGCAGACCAUUUCGCCAAGAAGGUGGACGAACGAAUGCGCAACUCAGGUGCUGCCUAUGCUCAGCGCAUGGCUGAGGUACACUUUGGGAAGGAAGGUGAGCCAUACUACACGAAGCACGGCCAUCUCCCAAAAUCUAUCUGGGCUGUAAAUGUAGUCUAUGGCGCCCGGGGCAGGUCAGGCAAUUGCAAAGUAAGUAUCGACGUCGUUCAAUGUGCAGGCUGUUGCGGAGGAAGGCCAGGAUGGACUUUGACAAAUCCACAUCCCGUUACCCCUGUUGCCCUGUUACAUACUGCGGCCAAUCUCCGAGUUUGUUGUUCACAUAACAUGGACACAGCAACGAGGUCGGAAUUUAACAGGUUAAGGGAUUCCUUCCAUGCAAUAUGUCACAGAUCCCCGAACGAUCGGAAGGAGGUUGCGAUCAAGCCUUUCAUGGAUGUGUUCGGCAUCAGGCAUCUCAAAGAUCUUGUUGGCAACAUAACUUUUUUUGAGCGCUUGGCAUCAUUUUCGGGAGCUGUACCCUGGGGGCCAACAAGACGCCGGGAACACUACAUAAGCCAGCUGUUCGUCAGUGAAUCAGUGGCUUUGGUGGUUCGAAAAGUACAUCCAAUAGUGAACACCCUUGGUUUUGCGGUACGUAUUCUUAUCAGCUUUCAAGUCUCUGCACACCCAGUUACCCGGAUGAGUAGUUUAUCGAAGAUAUUACUUCUGCCCUCCUGAACACAAAUGAAUUUGUGGGAUACAUUUCAUCGAAGGGACGAAUAUGACAAAUGGAACGAUAAUACCCGUUAUAUAUGCAAUAUGGUGCAAGAAAUAAACAAAUUGGAAGAAGAACAUCGCAAAGCGAGCGACGACGGAGAACGGCGAGCACUGGAGGAAGAUAUUGUGGGAAAAAUCUUACUGACGUGCGAGCGUGGAAUCUCUUUUGAAGUCAGGCAAGCGACCGCAAUGGAAAGUUUACAUUAU